GUUGUAUCUGAGAGCUCAAAGCUGAGCGACAGACAGACAAGUGCUGGCCUUGUCACUAUGGAUAAAACAAUGUGGAUUCCCAUACUUCUCAUCUCCUCGCUGCCGGUUUCAGGUGCAGUGUGGGGAGUGGGGGAUAUAAGAGGAGUUGUGGGAAGAGCGAUCACAAUCGAUUGUCACUAUGCAGCAGAGUACCGCUCACACACAAAAUACUGGUGUGAUUGGAGGAGGAGCCCGUGUACAGUUUUAGUGCAAACAAAUGGGCAACACGGACGGAGUGGAAGAGUGUCAAUCACAGAUAUACCGGCACAAGGAAUAUUUACUGUGACUGUGGAGCAUCUUCACUCUGGCGAUGCAGGAUGGUACAGAUGUGGAAUUAGAAAAUCUGGCGACCAUCCAAUGUUUGACGUACAUCUCCAAGUAUCUGACGAACCCGUGUCUGCUCCUGUGCUCAGAUAUCUGUCACCAGCAAAUGCCUCACGUCUUGGAGGCUCAGUGUCAGUGUCAUGUGAGUCUGUCCGUGGAUCCCUUCCCAUCCGUUACAGAUGGUGUGAGAAGUAUGGGUAUGAGUGUUUAACGACCUUGUCUGGCAAUCAACUGGAUCUGAGUUGUGCAAUCCUCGGAGGUCAACAACGUCAAUAUUACUGCACAGCCUCAAAUCAUCAUGGGGCAAAAUCCAGUGAAAUACUCAACGUGAAAGUCUUCAAAGGAGCAGGAACGUGCAGUUAUGUGACAGAAAUGAACAAUACAGUUUCAGGUGCACUGUGGGCUGAGAGCGAAGUAAGAGGGGUUGUGGGAAGAGCGAUCACAAUCGAUUGUCACUAUGCAGCAGUGUACCGCUCACAGACAAAAUACUGGUGCCCUGGGACAAGUCGCCAGUGUACACAUGUAGUGGAAACAAAUGGGAAGAGCGGAAGAGUGUCAAUCACAGAUAACCCGGAACGAGGAAUAUUUACUGUGACUGUGGAGGAUCUUCACUCUGGAGAUACAGGAUGGUACAGAUGUGGAAUUACUGCACCUGGCGAACCAACAUUUAAAGUACAUCUCCAAGUAUCUGAAGAACCCGUGUCUGUUCCUGUGCUUGGAUUUCUGUCACCAUCCAAUGUUUCCUGUCUCGGGGGCUCAGUGACAAUGUCCUGUGUGUCGGUCCGGGGAUCGCUUCCCAUUAGCUACAGCUGGUAUGAAAAUACCCCAUCUGGGGAUUCAAAGAUCUCAGACAACAAUGCCCUGGAUCUACAUUGUCAAUCCUUCAAACACCAGCACCAUCAAUAUUAUUGCACAGCCUCAAAUCAACGUGGAUCAAAAUCCAGUGAAAUGGUCAACGUGUCCAUCUCCAGCAGUGACGUGCCCUGUAGUUUCCUAGUAAAAAUCAACGGCACUGUUUCAGGUGCAUUGCGGGGAGAGAGGGAGCCCAAAGGAGUUGUGGGAAGAGCGAUCACAAUCGAUUGUCACUAUGAACAAUGGUGCCACUCACACACAAAAUACUGGUGCGGCUGGAGUAGUAGCCGGUGUACAAUUAUAGUGGAAACAAAUGGGCAACACGGACGGAGUGGAAGAGUGUCAAUCACAGAUAUACCGGCACUAGGAAUAUUUAUUGUGACUGUGGAGGAUCUUCACUCUGGAGAUACAGGAUGGUACAGAUGUGGAAUUAGAACAUCUGGCGACCAUCCAAUGUUUGACGUACAUCUCCGAAUAUCUGAUGAACCCGUGUCUGCUCCUGUGCUCAGAUAUCUGUCACCAGCAAAUGCCUGACGUCUCGGAGGCUCAGUGUCAGUGUCCUGUGAGUCUGUCCGUGGAUCCCUUCCCAUCCAUUACACAUAGUGUGAGAAGAACGAGUAUCGGUGGUCAACGAUCUUGUACGACAAUCAACUGGAUCUGAGUUGUGAAAUCCUCGGAGGUCAACACCGUCAAUAUUACUGCAGAGCCUCUAAUAAUCAUGGGGGGAAAUCCAGUGAAAUACUCAACGUGAAAGUCUUCAAAGGAGCAGCAACGUGCAGUUAUGUGACAGAAAUGAACAAUACAGUUUCAGGCGCUCUGUGGGCGGAGAGCGAAGUAAGAGGGGUUGUGGGAAGAGCGAUCAUAAUUGAUUGUCACUAUGCAGCAGUGUGCCGCUCACAAACAAAAUACUGGUGCUCUGGGACAAGUCGCCAGUGUACACAUGUAGUGGAAACAAAUGGGAAACAUGGACAGAGCGGAAGAGUGUCAAUCACAAAUAACCCGGAACGAGGAAUAUUUACUGUGACUGUGGAGGAUCUUCACUCUGGAGAUACAGGAUGGUACAGAUGUGGAAUUACUACACAUGGUGAACCAACAUUUAAAGUAUAUCUCCAAGUAUCUGAAGAACCCGUCUCUGUUCCUGUGCUUGGUUUUCUGUCACCAGCCAAUGUCUCCUGUCGCGGGGGCUCAGUGACAGUGUCCUGUGAGUCGGUCCGGGGAUCCCUUCCCAUUAACAACAGCUGGUAUGAAAAGACCCCAUCUGGGGAUUCAAAGAUCUCUGACAACAAUGCCCUGGAUCUACAUUGUCAAUCCUUCAAACACCAGCACCGUCAAUAUUAUUGCACAGCUUCAAAUCAACGUGGAUCAAAAUCCAGUGAAAUGGUCAACGUGUCCACCUCCAGCAGUGACGUGCCCUGCAGUUUCCUAGUGAAAAUCAACGGCACUGGUCAUGAGUAUUCUUGUGAAAAAUCGAUAACAUCCAAUUACCCUGCAAGUUACAUCUCAUGGGAAGUGGGGCGCUGGAUGUUCUUUCUCCUGCUUGUGAUCUGGAGUAUCUCAACCGCGGUGUUCACAAGAGGCUCUAAGAAACGCGAUGAGCCAGAACCUCGCCCCUCGACCCACGAAUUACAAUGAAGACACCUAGCUUGCACCACCUUAAGUUUUGUCACCUAUUCCAAGGUUU